UAAAGUCAAAAGGAAAACUUAUGCCAUAUUGCCCAUUCCGAAAUUCAAAAAGGGGACUAGUGACUAGUCACAAACUUGAUAUUGUUCGAAACAAUCAAAACAAAUACGAGGAAAAGAAAGAACACACUAAAAUUAGCUUAGUUGCUGAUUUUGAGCGUAUUUGGAUUAGUAAUUUAACAGAGUUGGAAGCGUUUAAAAUAAUGGAAAAUAAUUAUUAAACAAAAUCUACAGAAAAUCAAGAUGACUGUAACAACUUUACUAUACUUAAAAUGAAAGAAAGAAAAAGAAAAGAGCUCGAGACGAGAUUCGAACCCGCGAUCUUCUGUUCGAUCUAAAAUGUAACAAACGCUGCUCGUAAAUAUUAAUAAAACGAAUGGCUACGAUAAAAAUCUGACAUGACUAGAACACAUACAUUAAAAGAAAUCAAAGGAAGAAAAAAGAACAAAGUUUUCAGAAGUGCUCGAGUCGAGGAUCGAACCUUGGAAUUUUGGAUUAUGGGUCCCCUGGGAUUGCUAAACUACGAAGUGAAAAAAUAAAAUAAAAUAAAGGCGCUGCAUUUUAUAACCGUGCCGUAGGCCUGGACACGGGAAUAAUUAGAGUUCAACGAAUUUUAACGAAAAACAAACUGUAAAGUAAUUAUAAUUUGAUUCGUCGUACCGUUCAGUCACAACUAAAUAACUUAAAUCAAGCAUAAGGAAGACUGGCCAAUCCUCCAAAUUCGUUUCGAAAAUAAUAAUCACAUUGUCAUAACACACAUACACACAAAGCAGCCAACCAACUGACCCAUAUCUGAUCACGGAGCACAGUUAGGAUCGAAAUUUUGCGUUUUUGCUGAGCCUGAGAGGAAAAACCGGACAACUCGGAGAAAAAAACCUCGAAGCAAGGGAGAGAACGGAAUAAAACUCAAGGCACAUAUGAUCCCAACCGGUGACAGGCMAGCACUCUUACCGCUCAACUACCCUAGCUUCAUCGGACAUCACCAUCAUUAUAUUUUUUUUCCUUAGAAAACACAGUAUAUAUUGACGAUUCCCUUGUCGAACUACUUCCUAUUUUUUUUUCUUAAAAUUUCAUUCUAUUUUCAAUUUCUUGCUGKUCUUGCAUUGCUGUUCUCUUUUCAAAGGUUUAAGUACAAAGAGGUGGAAACCAGUUUUAAAACAGCCCAAACCUGGUGAAGUAACUGUUAACUGGGAUCCCUUGWCGCUGCCAUCAAAGAGCUAUAUUGUUGUACCGUUGUAUAACUCUACUGCGAAAGGGGAGCCAUUCCUGUACAUCAUUGAACAUAAAAAUAACACAUCCAUAGCAGUGGAAUACCUUAAACCAGCUACUUCAUACUGGUUCAAAGUUAUUGCUUUUGAUCCUACGAAUACGACCGGGUCCUUCAUUGAAGCCACUACAUUAUCUCUUGCAAUGAAAAAUGAGACCUUGAGGUUAAUGGGUGGACAAUUUUCCAACGAGGGAAGAGUUGAAGUAUUCAAAAAAGGCUCAUGGAAUAAGAUAUGCGGUUAUCCUUGGUGGAAUACCAAUACUGCUAACGUUGUGUGUCGAUCGUUGGGUCUACCCAGUCCUACUCAUAAUACGCCUCAUGGACUGCUUCUUGCGUCAGCACUCCCAGUAGACACGACCCUAGUGCUUUCAUAUAUUUGUAAUGGAACGGAAACAAGUCUCGAAGAAUGUUCAAGGAUUAUUGCAUCUUCAAUUUGUCAGCGAUCAAAUGGCUCUUCUCAAGCUGAAGUGGUAUGUGGACACCCAUCAGUUUWCCAUCAAAAUAUCACUGAGAUGACUGGUGUUAUUACAAGCCCUGGAUAUCCAUCAUCCAUGAUGCAAGCUGAUUACCGCUGGACAUUCAUGCAAAGCUUGACUCGUACACAUGUAGUUCUAAAAUUUGAUGAACUGGAUUUACGGCAGGAUUCGAAAUAUGGUUACAGCAGUGUUUCCAUUCAGGAAUCCGGCAGAGUGUAUCGCAACCGUUUGUAUCAUGGAGUUGCAACAGUGUUCACUUUACCUGGCCAACUUAAGUAUUAUUCGUCUGUUUCAACUCGUCGAUAUAUUAAUAGGCAGGUUGGAAGGGGAAUGCGAGUAAGGUUCUUUUCCUGCAGAGAACAAGAGUCUACCCUAAAGAAUUGGACCAUAUCAUUUUCGAGCCACUACAACAGUAUCUCUGCCAACUGGACACAUAGUAAUGUUAUAGAAUAUGAUAUUUUGGGGUUUUUGAUGUCCUGCAAUUCUAAACAGAAGUGGGCUAACGAAACAUUUCACAAUUUUGGAGAAAGCAAUUCAACCUCUUUGACUUGCAAUGGGCUUAUUGGGUACACUCGGUAUGACGUGUAUGUGUUGAUGAUGGUGAGAACAGGAGAUACCUGUACAGCAUACAAGUCAAACACGUCAAUAACAACUCAUGAAUCGUAUCCUAGCAGUAGCCCUCAAGGAGUUUACUCCACUGAUAUCACACAAAGUACAGCAGUUAUUGGAUGGCAGGAAAUCUCCAGAAAAGAUGCCCGUGGUGAACUUCUUGGAUACAGAGUUGAGGUCUUCAAUCGUGAAACUGGCAGAUAUGAAAAAGAGAUAAAUACAAAUGAUACAUCAGUCAUCCUAAAGGAUCUCUCACGAGCGACCGACUAUGAAGUCAAAAUUCGAGGUUACACUUCAGUUGGGUCAGGACCAUAUAUAAUUGCUUACUUUUCAACUUUAGCAUGUGGUGCUAUUACUAUAAAGAACCAAUUACAUGGCAGGAUAGACUUUCAGUAUGCUACGACAUUAAGCAUAACCUGUAUCUGGAAAUUGGUUGCACUAACUCCGAACACGCUGAUCUUGUUCGUUUUGGAAUCACUUUAUUUGCGAUCGAGCUGGGCGGGGAGUCGUUGCAGGUAUGGAACCAUUCCUCAUUACCAUAUGCAGCUAUUUCUAAAAACGUUGUCCGGGAGAACUGCGAACGGCUAUUGUCGAACGGAUAUUGGAAUAGGGUUACGCUGUUUUUAAAAACAAAAUUCCACUGGUUUGAUUCACCUUGCAUAGAAAUUGAGACCAUAUGGAGGGUUGAUUUUUGAUYAUUAAGUGUUUGCCAAUGAA